UCGCUCAGCUAGCAGCUAGCUAGCUGUUAGCAUCACGAACCUCCAGCGGGACACGCUCACCGGUACCGGCCUCGUCUGAGCCCCCUCCCCGCCUCCUGCUCCCGGUGUUCUGCGGUAAUCUCCGUCCUCCUGCUCCAGACCGACCGGCACACAUCCAGGAACGAUGUCGGCAGUGCAGCGGAUGAAGGUGGCGAACGAGCGGCACAGCAAGACGAUCACACAGCGGGGACACGUCCAGAAGACCACGCGGCCGGUAACUGAUGACAAGUCUCCGGUGGGUCCGUGGCUUCUCGCUCUCUUCGUCUUCGUGGUUUGUGGAUCCGCCAUUUUUCAGAUCAUCCAGAGCAUCAGGCAGGGCAUGUGAUGACCCUUGACCCCGGAGCCGAGCCGUCACAUGGACGAGGAGGGGGACACGUCACCGUCAUAUGAACACACCCACACACACACAGACACACACACACACAUGUUCCCGUGGAGUUUUUAAAUCUGAUCUUUUUUUCUUCUCACAGUAAAUCUUUCUCUUUAUUUUGUACUUCUCUGUGUAAACAGCUGAUCAGAUCUUUUUUCAUGAGUUGGUUGAUUGGUUGGCUGAGUUGAGUUUCUCUGAUUUAAAGGAACAAGCCGCUGGUUCUUAACAGUCACGUGACCUGAUGUCAGGUCACGUGACGUCUACCCAGCGUCUGUCAGGUGCACAGCUCCGAUCUGUCUGUCCUGCAAAAGUCACAUGAUCUCAGCACUGCUCUCUAGUUGGAGGCUUUUAAUGUGAAAACCUAGCAGGAAGGGUUUUGUCUGUGGACAAUGUUUUUAAAUCAGACAUGAGCCUGAGGUUACCAUUGGAAAAGAAUCCAGACUUUUAUUCUGACCAAUCAGACGACAGGAGGA